AUGUCAGACAGCGCGUCCGAAUCAGGGCGUUCGCUUGCGGAGGAAGAGAGUGAAGACGAACUCAUCAUGAGCGCCUUUGAUGCGAGCUUCGAGAAGAUUGGACGGGGCUUCCCCCGCAUCAGCUUUCCGUCAAUAUGGGGUGCCAAAUCUGCAGGCCCGGGCACCAAGGACGAGGUCGAAGGCGACUUUGGGCGUUGGAGCCGCAGGUUUCAAAUGAAUACAUUCUUGAAUGAUUUACAGAAAGGACUUAGCUUUUCUAACGCUCUCACACGUCUGCAAACGGUUAAGGCCAUCACCGAGGAGGCAAUCAGCAACGCGAUUAACAGCAGUGACACAGGACAUGGCGAUAACUCUGCCAGUCGGGAGGAUGGCGAUGCCGAUAAACCAGAGGUUCCUGCAGGUGUUGUUCCCGCAGCAAAACCCAAAAAUGUACCCGCCUACAAUGAUAUGGUCAUUCCUCAAGGCAAGGGUCCACAAGUAUUAGAUGAACAUCUACUCAAGCUAACGGAGCUGCCGAGUGACCAAAACAAUGACGAGGCCACCCUGCGGCAACGGAUUCAGCAUAUCAGGAGCCUUGAUCUAGGCCCUGCGAAGACCGCCGCCAUGAUGCAGCGGCUCAUGAUGGGCAAAUUUGUGGAUGAGCUCAACCGCCCCAGCCCAACCCCCACGCUUGAAGCCCCACUAACCAGAGAUCCUUCGGAGGCAGAAAAAGCGCCCACAUACCACAAUACAGGUGCACUCGGUUGUGCACACUACCAGCGCAACUGCAAACUCCAGUGCCACCAAUGUCUUGGUUGGUACACUUGCAGGUUUUGCCACGACGAGUCCCCAGAGAUUAGCGGCUCUUCGCACCCACAUAGCUUCCAGCGUGCGGAGACUCGACAGGUUAUGUGCAUGCGUUGCAAUCACGUUCAGGCGCCUCAGAAGGACUGUGAAAACUGCGACGAGGAGUUCGCAAUGUAUUUCUGCCCAGAAUGCAAGCUAUACGACAAUGAUGAAACGAAGGACAUUUACCACUGCGCCAAGUGCGGUAUUUGCAGGCUUGGACUUGGACUGGGUCUGGACUUCUUUCACUGUGAUGGCUGUCAGGCUUGUCUUUCUAUUGAGUUACAGGGGAACCAUAAGUGCAUCGAGCGAGCGACAAUGUCUAGUUGUCCAAUCUGCGGCGACUUUAUGUUCACCUCGGUGAAGCCAGUGGUAUAUAUGUCGCCCUGCGGCCAUGCUAUCCACCAACAUUGUUUCGACGAGUACACAAAGCACUCAUAUAAGUGCCCCUCCUGUCAAGUGUCGAUACUGAACAUGGAAGCUCAAUUUAGAGUUCUCGACAAGGAAAUCGAAGAACAGCCACUGCCAGCACCUUACUGCGACUGGAUUUGCUAUGUAUCCUGCAACGAUUGCAAGGCCAAAAGCACAUGUAAGUAUCACAUUCUGGGGCUCCGUUGCGGCAAUUGCAUGAGUUAUAAUACUUCGCAGCUAAAGCUUGUCAAGCCUGAGGAGGCUGCUACACACGACAACGCAGCAGAAUUCGAUACCAUAACGCAGAGUAACAGCAGUUUUGACUCUUUGAAUGUCAUGCGGCAGGAAUUGCUGCGUGGCCAGUUUCAACGUGAGGAGGUCUCCCCGCUGAUCACUGUUGAAAAGGGCGGGAUGCUUUCAAACAUUGAACAGUACAUGAAUGGGUAUUUCCAUGAUGACACCCAGGGUGCAAGUGAGGGUGCAAGCGCCGAUCACGGCGACUUUAGUUCGCAGAAUUUGUUCAACACAGCAGGGUUUUUCAAGAAUAACAAUAGAAACGAAAAUCAAUCGGGAGACGCUACAGUAGGUAGCUCUUCGAUGGCUAGAGCCCCCUCUUUGACUGAGAGGCUACGGCAGUUCAUAAAUGAUGCGCCGCCUCAGCUAUCCAUCUCUGAUGCGUUCCAGAAAUUUAUACAGGGGAGUCACCAAGGACUAUCAUCUGGCGAUGAGGAUGACUGCUCAUCCCAGGCUUCUGCAUGA